CAGACCCCCUUGUGCAUGUUUGUAUAUGUCUAGAGGUAGUUACUCUUACUGUUUGUUGUUUGUGUGCACAUCCGAGUCGACCAUCAUCGUUGCACAGUUCCACCAAACAGAAUAGGAAUCCAACUCUCUAUCCAACCCAGCAGCAGCAGUAGCAGUAGCAGCUCCAACGCCGUCCAGCAGCAGCCACAGCUGCUGUAGUUCCCACUCUGUGCUUCUGCCGGUCCUUCCCUUACACACACACAAGUCGUAGUCGUCAUGUCCCCUUGCGUCUCGUUCCUUCGAUUCCUCCUUACGGUGUCCGCCACAUCCGUUGCCUCGGCCUUGCUUUUCCCCGCUACGGGACGACGAUGUGGCGGUCGAGCCCUCAUCGACAAUCCCCCAGCGUCACCGAGGUUUCGCCUACACUACGCCCACCGUCCGUCCCCGCGACCCACGGUGAUUCCCGACGCCGUUCUCGUGGACCGCGUUGACGACAACAACAACGUUGACGACAGUGCUCUGUUCGACACGCCCAUUCACAAUCUCACCAUCCCGGAACUCCGCACACUCGUCACCGCCUUGCGACAGCACCGUCGGGACACGGUAGCCUCUCCAAUCGCAUCCUCCACCACUACAACAUCCACCGCAACGCCCGAAGCGGAAGCGGACGCGGACGCCCGUCGUCUCGCGUCACUCCCUUCCGACGAAGCCGCACACGAACUUACCGUACCGGAACUCCGCCACCAACUCGCCCGUGCCCAAGCCGACCAAGCCCGCGCGGUGGCUCAAGUCCAACAACGGGCCCACGACGAACUCACAAAACUCCGGGACGCCCACGCCACGGCUCAGCGACAAUCCCAGACCCGGGUGCGAGUGCUCGAAGACACACUCCGGAACGCCACGGUCGCGCGGGGGAACGAACAAACCGCCGCCAAGGAACUCGUUGCGCAAAAACAAGACGAAGCCACCAGACGCGUAAAAGCCGCCGAAGAACAAGCCCGACACACCAUGGAACGUAUGGAAAUUCAGUUCCACAAUAGACUCAUGCAAAAGGAUGAACAAGUACAGAGAGUCCGGGAUGAAAUCGCUCAAGCCCGCACCACGCUGGCCGAAAAGGAACGCGAAGUCGAAGUAUUGGUGGAACACACUCAGUCUCUCCGACAAAAUCUCAAAACGACCUGGGGACUCGUUAAACUGCGGCUUUACCAACGAUUUCAGCAACUCCGGCACACGGCGGCGGGUCAUAAACCAAACGGUCGCUUUUCCGUGCCCAAACUGGACAACUCCAAGAGUCCGUUUCGGGAUACUCCUCUUUCUCGGCACUAACCGUUACACGCGCCAGGGUGUCGGCGGUCGGGGGUCAGGGAAAUCCAUCUAUCCACCCAUCCAUACACACACACGUUCACAUAUACAUAUAACCUGCCGGGUGAAUAGGCCACGUUUUAAUGUUAGCACUUUUUGUAUCCUU